AUGGGUUCAUCGCCUGCACCACUUCCGUCCAAUGAUGUUUUUAUUGUGGCUGUGCUUGCCAUCUUUCCACUUGUCCCUAAAAGUCUUUCAAAUAGGGCUUAUCGGCUUUCAUUUAUGGGCACUGCUUGUUCUUCUGUAUACUCUUUGUAUGCACUAUAUAGGAGGCCAAGAGCAUGGACUUUACAAGUUGUUCAAGUGUAUUUUCAAUUAGUAAUUGCAACCAAAGAUUUUAUCUACUUUAUCUACUGCCUUACAUUUGUCACUUCACAUAUUUGCCUUAAAUUUGCUUUGAUUCCCAUUUUAUGCCGAUCACUCGAACGCAUUGCAAAGUUUUUAAGGCAUAAUUUUAGUCAUUCUACCUUGUACAGGAAGUAUUUGGAAGAUCCUUGUGUGUGGGUAGAAUCAAACACCACCACCCUGAGCAUUCUAUCAUCACAUGCUGAUAUUGGACUUGGCUGGCUUCUACUUGUUUCCUUGUUCUUGUGGCAACGCAACAUUGUACAAACUUUUAUGUACUGGCAGAUCCAAGAGUUGGAUGUAAGCCGUUCACUGACUCUAUCAGAGCUAGCAAUUGCUGUUACUCUUGCUAUUUCAUUGGAUAAUGAUUACUUCUCUAGGCAUGGUGGCUGGGGAAUCCCUUUUGUUGCAAUGGGGGAGUAG